AUCCAUUUUUGGUCGCUUUAUUGUCCUUAUCCCUUUUCCUUUUUCCUUGUUCAUUGUCUGAGUGGUGUUGAGCAACACUCUAAGAGCUCCCCCCCACGAUGAAAGUCGUUUUGAAUUUUCCUUUGAACCCCCCCUCCUGGCCGCUUCUCUCAUUGCUGGCAAAAAGCACUUGUUCUAGUGUUUCAAAGCAACAACUUUUUUCAUGUGCGGAGCCAGGCUUUCCAAAUAUGGUCUGCAUUUAGUACCCCAAAAAGGGUACCACCAAAGUUUUGGGGUCCAUAUAUAUCCAAUUACAAAAUUAAGGUGUGAUCUUGAAGAAGGAUUUAACCUCACUUUCCGGAUGCAAGGAUUUGUUAGUUUCUUUCCAAUUGGGCAAGGUUGAAGAUGACUCAAGAUUGAUCAGAUCUUUACUUUAGUGUUUGGUGGUCAGAUGUCACUUUGGACUCUUAUACUUGGGGUCAACCACACCUUGUCUCCUCCACCUUCUCCAAUUGUAGUGGCUUUUCAUGAGUGACACCCAACCACCUCACUUAGAAAAGAGUAUGGAAAAAGAACAGACACCGAAAAUAGUUGUAAGAAAAGGAAAGUAAAAGAGUUCCUAGGAACAUUAUUGUCUUGUUAUGAUAUUUGCCAAAUCUGGUGGCAGCUUUCACCAAUACCGUGUAAUGUGCAUGGGAACCAAACUUAAGUGUGCGAUAAAUCCAUUAGCGACUUCACAAAACAGCAGCAAACUCAGCUUUACAGUGCAUUUCGUGGAUGACUAUUUCCGAACAAGAGUGGUGAAGGAGAAUUGUCAAAUGGAGAGGGCGCUGGAAAAGCAGCACAUGGAAUCUAUCAGGAAGACAAUGCAGAUGCAUGAAAACAUCUUCAAACACCAGGUACGAGAACUUCAUCGCCUGUAUAGCGUUCAAAAGAUGCUAAUGGAUGAGCUGAAAAGGAAAACAAGUUCUGAUGUUAACCAGCAACAUUUGAGGGCACAAACUACUUGUGUAAACAAUUCCCACGUUCAAGCUGAGCCGAGCACAAGGGAGAGGAGUGGCAGUCCUGGUGACACCAUGAAAAUUGUAAGGGGCUUUGAUCUGGAGAGGCCAGCUGGGGAAGACAUCUCAGUUGAUGCCAGUGCUGUUGUAGAAGACCAAGCAGGGCCUAGCUCCCUCAUGCACUCCAGAAUUAGUCACAUGAGCAUUCAAGGCUCUGAUGAUAGUGAAGUUGAACUGACACUAAGCAUUGGAGGCAGCAGCUCAAGCAAAAGGAUGGCGGAGAAUUCCAAACCCCAUACUCAAGAAUUAGGAAGCUUAAAUUCUCAUUCAAUUCAUAUGGGAAAUAAGGAGCUGGAUUCAUCAGCUUCAUUUAAAUCAGAGAGGGGAGAGGAUUGCAGUGGCCCCAACAUUCUAAUGAGCGCUUCUAGCGCAACAUUUGAUCAGGAAAGGAAACGACCACAUUGGCUUUUCCAAGGUUUGAACAUAAACAGGACUUGAAACAGUUGAAAAGUAUUUAUUUUUAAUUUAUCAUUGUGUAUCCUAAUCUUUACUUGGUUCAUGACUCUAGAGAUUCCUAAUCUUUACUUUAUCCUUCUUAACCUGAUAAAUGGAUAAUUGAGUCACCCAUCUUUUUGGGUGUACACAUUGUUGUAAA